UUAAAUUAUUGCUUUCCUUUUCUUCUCCUCGAUUCUCGACAGAUUCCCCAAUUUCCCGUUUCGGAAUCAAAAUUGAAGUAAUUAUACUCUAGAUAAGGGUUUUGGAUUCACUGAUGCAGUUACGGAAGAUUGGAUGUAUGGAAUGUUCGGUUUGAUUCGGGAAUGAGGACUGAAGAAGGGGAGGAGAAAUGGAGGCGGGCAGAUCGGAGAGUGUGUCGGUGCAGGGGAGGAGCGGUGAGAAAAUGGCGUCGUUGCAGGUGAUCCAGCGGACGCGGCUACGGGUGUGGUUCAUCAGAGUUUGUUCCAGUAUUUUGAUAUGGACCUGCUUGGUUCAGCUCGUUGCCUUGGCGGAGUUCUGGCGGCCGCGCUCGCUCGUCGGCGUCGCCGGACUUACUAAGCUGUCGGCUCGGAUUGAGGAUAAGUUGCCGUCGCCUCCACCUCCGCCUCUUCCUCCCGCUAGGAAUUAUACGAGCAAUGGUUUUCUUACAGUUUCUUGCAAUGGUGGCUUGAAUCAAAUGCGUGCUGCGAUAUGUGACAUGGUGACAAUUGCCCGGUUUUUAAACCUCACUUUGGUUGUUCCGGAGCUUGAUAAGGCAUCAUUCUGGGCUGAUUCUAGCAACUUUGGAGAUAUUUUUGAUGUGAGACACUUCAUUGAUUCGCUAAGAGAUGAAGUUCGAAUUGUUAAGAGGCUGCCGAAGAGGUUUGGCCGGAGAUCUGGAUACCAACCGCAUGCCAUGCCCCCUAUUAGCUGGUCUAAUGAAAAAUACUAUCUUGAACAUAUUCUGCCUCUUUUCAGCAAGCACAAGGUAAUACACUUCAAUAGGACUGAUGCACGGCUUGCAAACAAUGGGAUCCCUUUUGAACUUCAGAGACUUCGAUGCCGUGUCAAUUUUCAUGGACUGAAAUUCACCCCGCAAAUUGAGGCUUUGGGUCAGAAAUUGGUUCACAUUCUCCAAGGGAAGGGGCCAUUCGUAGCAUUGCAUCUAAGAUACGAGAAAGACAUGUUGGCCUUUUCAGGUUGUACCCAUGGCUGCACAGAGGAGGAAGCAGAGGAGCUCAAACAAUUGAGGUACGCAUUCCCUCGGUGGAGGGAGAAAGAGAUAGUCUCUUCAGAGAAGAGAUCUCAAGGUUUAUGUCCUCUUACCCCAGAGGAGGCAGCUUUAAUUAUGCAAGCAUUGGGUUUUGGAAAUGACACACUAAUAUAUAUUGCAUCGGGCGAGAUUUAUGGCGGUGAACGAAGGCUUGCCACACUAAGAGCUGCUUUUCCUAAGACGGUGAAAAAGGAAACUUUGCUUGAUCCCAGUGACUUGCAUGAUUUCCAGGAUCAUUCAUCCCAAAUGGCAGCCCUCGAUUUCAUAGUGUCGGUUGCUAGUAAUACAUUCAUUCCCACUUAUGAUGGAAAUAUGGCGAAAGUUGUUGAAGGUCAUCGUAGGUAUUUUGGGUAUAGGAAAACCAUCCAACUGGAUCGUAAAAAGCUCGUAGGAUUACUGGAUAUGCAUCAGAAUCAAACACUUUCGUGGGAUGGAUUCUCAGCUGCAGUGCGGCAGGCACAUCAAGGGAAAAUGGGGCAACCAGCUCGCCGUAGGGUUAUUGUAGACAAGCCCAAAGAAGAAGAUUACUUCUACGCAAAUCCUCACGAGUGCCUAUGUCAAGGCGCGAGUUGUGAUGACUUAUUAGCUCCUCAUAAUUCAACUGCAAGCGAGCAAGGGCAUUUGUUAUAAUUUAUUAGGUCCUUACAGUCGAGAAAUACAUGUUCGGGUAAGCCAAGUCUGACUAAUUAAUAUUAAGCUUCACAGACUUGCACAUGCAUUUACCAUGGUGAACUCGUGACAAUGUGGUUAGCAACAUUCACAGAACGAUUGAGACACAGUGAAGCUUGAGUUUAAUGGCAGAGAAAUGCCCCGGUAUGUAACGUGGCAUUUGAAGAUUGGUUUGUACGCAAUAAGUUAUGUCGAUAGGAAACCGUGGAAA